CAGCUAGCAAAACACAAAACCAAAUGUCAAAUUCAUCAACAUGGCAACUACAAAAACCUCCCUUGCCAAAACCAUAAGCAAGCUCUACAGUCGUAACAUUACUAGUGGGUCCCUGUCUUCCAUUCCCAAACAUUUGGGUUCAUUUCAGUCUUCUUCCUCCUUCAGCUCUACUGCUGCUGCAGCUGACUCAGUAGUUGAGUCUCAGUCUGCAGUCUCUUCCCAAGCUUCAGAGAGGGAAAGGUCUAGAUGGUCGAAAUGGCUGCUGUUUCUUCCUGGUGCUAUUACAUUUGGCCUUGGUACUUGGCAGAUUGUCAGAAGGCAAGACAAGAUAAAGAUGCUAGAGUAUAGACGGGAAAGAUUGGAGAUGGGACCUCUGAAAUUUUACCAUGUUUCUCCAUCAACUGAAGAAUUGGAUGAUUUGGAGUUUAGGAGGGUGUUGUGUAAAGGACAUUUCGAUGAGAAAAGGUCAAUCUAUGUGGGGCCUCGUUCAAGAAGCAUUUCAGGACUGACUGAAAAUGGCUACUAUAUCAUCACACCCCUUCUGCCGGUUUCUGACAAAGCCGAGAGUUCACAACGACCGAUAUUGGUGAACAGAGGAUGGGUCCCCCGCAGCUGGAAAGAUAAGUCUUCAGAACUUCCACAAGAUGAUGAACAACCUUCUAAGACAACGCCAACCUUCGUCAAUGAGGAGGAAAGAGCAUCAUGGUGGGGGUUCUGGUCGAAGAAGCCUAAAGUUGUCGAGGAUCAACCCCCUACUCAUGCUCUUGAUGAAGUUGUUGGAGUAAUUCGAGGGAGUGAAAAGCCUAGCAUAUUUGUUCCACCAAAUGAUCCAAACUCUGGCCAGUGGUUCUAUGUUGAUGUUCCUGCAAUCGCUCGUAGUGUUGGACUUCCUGAGGAUACUAUUUACAUUGAAGACAUACACGAAGGUGUCAAUCCUAGUAACCCCUAUCCGCUUCCAAAAGAUGGCAAUACCUUGAUUCGGAGUUCAGUCAUGCCUCAGGACCAUCUAAAUUAUACUUUGACAUGGUAUUCUCUAUCGGCAGCAGUUACGUUUAUGGCUUUCAUGAGACUAAGACCAAAAAAGAUUCGCAGGUAGCAGACUCCCUUGAUUAAUAUCCACACAAGUCACAGCAAAGCUUAUUAGAACACAAAAGAAGUGAGAAAUUACGGUGUUCCUAUCCUUCUUCCUACAACUCUGGCAGGAGGAUGUCUGAUCGGAACAAGUAAAGAUACCAUGUAUGAAGUCGACUGCUGUAAUCUGACCACCUAGGAGAUUCGUGAACAGGAAAUUGUUUUUUUUCUUCCUUUCUUUUUGUUCUUGGAAAAAGGAAGGCCAAGUUAUGACCAUGAGGAUUGGAGGUUUAUAGAGAGAAUAGUAAGGUUUUCCGGUUGUUAGUAUCAUCAUCUUUGCGGGAACUGAUUGAGAUUCCAUUGACACCCUCUUAAUCUCGUAGCAUAAUAAAUUAGAAUGCAAUUCAUUCUGAAAAGA